AUGGUUGCGGCCACAGAGGACAUGGCACUCGCAGUACUUAUGCCCGGCAACUACAGUCAUGAGCACCGCCAUUUCUUGUACGGCGGAGAAAAUGGAGGAAUUGGAGAAGGCAGCAACAACGGCGACAGCGGAGGUGGAGAUGAGAAUGGAAAUAAUUGGAAUGAUGAUAGUAACAAGAAGAAGAAUAGAGAUGAAGCUCUAAUGGCGUUGGCUCCUUCUCUUCUUCCGGUGGCGCCGUUACACGAGGGAGAAAGUGGAGAGAAUGAGAGGAGAGAGAGAAGGGAUGGGGGGAGAGUAGAGGAGUGCCAUUGGAAUGAUUUGCAAUGUUUUUCCAGAAACAUUAUCGAAACUACUCUUGCUCUUUGCCCCAACAUUACAACAAGUGGCAUUCAAUUUGCCACUGCUCAACUGCCUCGUCUGGAACUCAUGGACUGUGGAAUGACCAUAUGUGAUCCCGAUUCAGAGAUCUAUAAUGAAGAGGAUAAUAAUAGUGACUUGCAGAGAACUCCCAACAGCAAGUUGCACCUUAUAUACCAGAAGCUAAUUAUCAAACACAGCCGGUUGAAGAAGCUAAGCUUAUGGGGUUGUUCUGGCUUGGAUGUAAGCCUCUCUUGUUUUAAGGAUAUUUUGUUUUUUUAG